AUGACGUCUCACCGCAACUACCAAUGGCUGGAAGCUGGACAAACAGGUGUUGCCACACCCAAGGAUGAUCUUCAUCCAAAGAAGAUUAUGCUGAGCGUCUGGUGGGGUGUCAAAGGAAUUAUUCAUUGGGAAAUUCUUCCUGCUGGCUGCACCAUCACUGCUGACCUCUGCUGCCAGCAAUUAGACCGAGUUGCAGCAAAACUUCAGGGAAAACAGGAUAAGGUUUAUUUUUUGCAUGACAACGCCCGACCUCAAAACGGAUCUAGCCAACUUCUUUGA